GGGAGGGUUAGUCUAUCGGAAUGCCGUUGAGAAGAAGAAGAAAAAAAAAAGGAGGAGAAGAAGAAGGAGGAGGAGAGCGGUUAGAAAAAAUAAUAAAAUCAGAGGGAAAAAUCGAAGUGGGGUCCUGAAAUGUGGUCGUGAAACUGCAGCCCGUGGCUCUGCAGACCCUCGCUCAGACUGAGUCCUCCUGCAGGACAUGGAGUUUCCUUACUGGAUCAUAAUCCUGCUCUUCACAGCCUCCGUGGUUUUUGUCUUUUCCCCGUGGAGGAAACUGGUCUACAGACUGAUGGCCCGGUCCGAGAAACCGCUGUUCAGGAUUGCGUAAGUUCAUCAUCUCUCUGUUCUCUGUCUUUUAUGACUGAUUUACUGAUUUAGAGUCAGGACGAAAGGCUGAACUUUGUUGACAUUAUCAGAGUUAUAUGACCAAAGCUCUUCAUGGAGAUACUUUAACUGUUAAUCUGGUGGAUUUUAAAGAUGAAAUGAACCCGACCUGACAGACGGGGUUUGGAUCUCUCACCUCUGCAGGUACACGCUGUACACCAGGACCAGACUGGGCUACAUGUACUAUAAGAGACAGAUGAAGAGGGCCCGAGAACAUUACCCGUCCGGACACUCCUCCUCUCAGCCGAUGGAGUUUAACGGUAACAGCUGUCAGCACAGAAGUGUCCUCUUUGUGGGGAUUCACAGUAUGGUCACCCUGAUCUGACUGAAAACCGACCGAAGUAAAUGAAGCUCAAUUAGUUUGUUGUUUGAUUAUUUUUGGCAUAAAUCUUUUUCUGUGAUCAGAGACUCAAUAACAUUUUGAGUUAACAGUGAAAACCUGAAGUCUACCUUUUUUUUUAAUUCAAAGAAAGGCAUUGAUAAGGGAAUCAUUAAAGAAUUGAAUCGAUAAUGACAUCGAUAUUGAUAAAAAAACUAUCAAUUCCCAUCCCUACAGUUUAUCUUCACAUGAACUCUGCUCACGCUGUGUUUAAGAGAUUCAUGGUUUUGUAAGUUAGAGUGACCAUGGUGUCGUCUUUUUAAUAAUAAUAAUAAUAAUAAUAUCUUACAUUUAUAUAGCGCCUUUCAGGAUACCCAAAGCGCUUAACAACACACUACAAAAAAAAAAACUAACUAAAUACCAAAAGCCUGAAUAAACAAGUGUCGCUUCAGAGCGGACUUGAAAGAGUCAAGAGUCUGUGCUUGGCGAAUCUCAGAGGGGAGAGAGUUCCAGAGAGGAGGGGCGGCCACACUGAAGGCUCUGUCACCGAGGGAUCGCCUUUUCCCAUAGCGGACAGUGAGGAGCCCAAGGUCCGCAGACCGCAGAGUACGUGCCGGGAUGUAGUCCUUGAGGAGGUCAGACAGAUAGUAUGGGGCUAGGGCAUGGAGAGCUUUGUAGGUGAGCAGGAGGAGUUUGUAGAUGAUGCGAUAUUUGAUGGGAAGCCAGUGGAGGCGUUUGAGGGUGGGGGUGAUGUGCUGCCAAGGUUUGGUCCGGGUGAGCACUCUGGCAGCUGAAUUUUAAGAAGCACAUUAGAGGAAAGUGUUUGAUAUGAAGAACUGAAGUAUUCAGCGAGUUGUGUUCUUGUAGUAUGAGUGUUUAUUUGUGUGUUCACAGGUUUGAAGAUCAUUCCCGUCUCGGUCCUGUCUGACAACUACAGCUAUCUCGUCAUCGACACAGCCUCAAGUGUUGCUGUUGUUGUCGACCCUGCAGACCCACAAAAAGUCCAGGUAGAUUCCUCUCCUUAUUCUAUUCUGAACUAACAUACUGAUCAGGAGAUUCUGCACGUGUAUUCCCAGCAUCUCACAAGUCUGUCCAGCCGUAUGAAUCAUCUCUCAGUGGCAGACCACAUCUUACAGUAUCUCCUCAGAGACGAGAUUGAGUAAUGGCUGACAUUUGUGAUGGAUUGUGAACUUUCCAAGCUCAGGACCUGCUGUGAGACAUGAAUAUGCAGCAGAGAAACUUGGUUCACUCAUUUAUGUUGUGGUAACAGUAACAGCAGCCGUCACAGGGUCCCUAAAUAUUAUAUUACUGAUAAACAUCAGACCUAGUACUGAGCGGUGAUUUGUUGGCUUUGGGACUAAACUCUAUUAACAAAACCACACACUUACUCGUCCUGCUGAUGCACAUCUUCACUAUCUCCUCCUCUGCAGGCUGUCCUCGAGGAUGAGAAAGUGAGGUUAGAAGCUAUUCUUUGUACACACAAGCAUUGGUAAGUUUGAUUUUAUUUUUAUUUGUAGGUCUUCAUGUACAAAAACAAAAGAGUUUUCACCUUUGUCGUUUGUUGGAGCACCAUAGCAGUAAGUCUUUUUCCGUUUGUAGGGAUCACAGUGGAGGAAACAAGGAGCUGAGGAGGCUUCACAGCUCAUGUAGAGUCUAUGGAAACGCAGCUGAUAACAUUCCUGGCCUCACACAGUAAGUUCCUCUUUGUCUCUGUCAGACUGUCCUGCUCCAUAUGUCCGCACACCAAGGAUGUUUUAAAGGUUAAGUGUCAUGUUCAGAUGAGAUAGACAGUGAGAGGAGACACACACACGUUAUUGGGAUGUGAUUUCAUGUGGGAAAGAAAGUCAUGAAUAAAAACCUUUGUUAGAUAUUGUUUGGCAGCUGCAGGUUCAGACUUGAGGACACAGCGCUUCUUCAGCCUGAUCAGUCAACACUGGAAACGUUUCUUCAGAAUUUAAAGUCUGCUCUGAUUGUAUUUCACUGUCAUUCAAGUCUCUAACAUGAUUCUUUAUUAUCAUUAUAUUUAUUUAUGUCUGUCCAGCCCUCUCUCACAUAAGGACUCCAUAACAGUCGGCCGUAUGAACUUCAGAGCUCUCUUCACUCCUGGACACACUGUAGGUCACAUGAUCUACCUCCUGGAUGGUCAGACAGUCGGUGCGCCUGCCAGCCUCUUCUCUGGUGACCUGGUUUUCCUCUCAGGAUGUGGUGAGUCAAACAGAGAGGAAUCCUUUAUUACAACCAGUUUGUAUCAGUUCAAGGACGCGUGCAGGCGUGACACGAGUGCGUUUGUAGGAAGUCAUAAGGAGACAGAGCGUAGAGGAUACAUUUCCUAAUAUAUGAAAUCUGAUGCAUUAUCAUUGACAUGCACUGAUGUGGAUUCACACCUGUAGCUCAGUUUAUCCACUUCUCUGGUCGUCCAGAUCUGAUGUUACUGCUCUGUAUAUGCAGGUUAAUGUAGUGAGUGUAUCAGUGAUGUAGAUGGGAGACAUUUUCAGAGAUUUUGACUGAGUUUCACCUUCGGUCAAUAAUGUCCUUGGUUUCCUGACAGUUGUAAUCUCUGUUUUUGUUAGCUCUUUAUGGGCCUGUCUGAAAUUCAAGCGUUCAGAUAAUCAUCUUGUUCUAUGAAUAAUUCUGAAUAAAACCAGCUCGGUCUUUUUACAGGCAGGAUGUUUGAAGGAAAUCCCUCAACCAUGCUCUCAUCUCUGGACAUCGUCGCCUCCUUAAGUGACAACACUCUGCUCUGGCCCGGUAAGAAAAAUCUGAUCAGUUGUCAGAGAUUCAAUGUUUAACAAGGAUUUUAGUUCUGUUGUGAAGUUCAGGAGCGUUCGUAUCAAACUUCACAGAUUUUAUACUCUGAAGUGUUUUAUCGUUGAAAUCGUGCACUUUAGCUUCUCCUCGCUGUCCCUCAGGUCAUGAGUAUGCAGAGGACAACCUUCUGUUUGCAGCUGAGGUUGAGCCGUGCAACACUGUGAGGGAAAACAAAUACCAGUGGGUGCUGCAGCAGCGGAGCCAGAAGCUGUGCACGGUGAGAUUGAUGUACCACCAUUGUUAUGCCUCUCGUGCACGCUUUCUCAGCCAGAUGUCAUGUUUUCCAGCAACUGUGCAGGAAGGUCUAUCACCCUCCUGCAGUGUUUCGUAUGUUGUUAGCACCUGAUGUGAAAAUUUUGAUCUGCAGUCUGUACAGAGUGGAAAUAGUUUUUGACUUCAUGAACAAAUAGGACAUUUCUGCGCUGUGUGCACGCUCAUCACCUGAAGUUUUGUUUAGAUAUCUUGAUUUUCUCACACGAGCAUCAAGUUCCCAGUUCAGAUAAUAGUUACAGAAACAAAAACAGAAAGUGUUACCUUUGUGAAGCUGCUGAAUGAAACAUAAUGCAUCUAAAAAGAAAAAAAGAGUGUGCUCUUCUAUAAACUUGGAGCUUCUUAAUCUCAGUCAUCCGCAGUAAUAGAUGUCUGCUGCUCUUAAUAACACGGUUAAAGGUCAGCUAGGGUGACACAGAUUUUAAAGACAUCUCUUUCUCAAUUUUCAGAGUCCCUCAACUAUCGGAGAAGAGCGACAGUACAAUCCUUUUCUGCGCAGCCACUCCGCAGAGCUUCACCUCGCGUUAGGCCUCCAGCAAUUUCAGGAUGAAGACUGGACCCAGUUCAGGGCGCGAGUGCUGGAGGAACUGCGAAAACGAAAGGACUUAUAUAACAGAAGAUAGCAUUGGAAAUACUCGGUCAGAUAAAAAUGGACCCAAAUGUACAGAAUAGUGAAACAAAAGCUUUGAUUUUCAGUUUUAAAAUGUUCUUAAACGCUAAAUUUAGUCGUCAGUUUUGUGACCCUAAGAAGGCAUUAAGUUCUGUUGUACUUUAACUACCUUUUAAAGACAUUGUGGACCCCCUUCCCAACCCCAUCAUCACAAAAUAACACAAUACUUCUGAGUGAGAUUCUCUUAGCCCAGGGGUGACAGAACUUAUGGCUGAUGAGAGCCCUCACCUUAGAUACAGAGGAAUGAAGAGUAGGGGGUAAGAUGACCCUUCUAUGCAAAAUCUCAAGAGUUAAAAAGCUUCACGUUCAACCUGACUGAACUCACCUGGAACCUGUUCUGGUUUUACUGCGGAGGGUUUAGUUUUCUGUAGAUGAGGUUUCUCAGGUGAGCUGUUCAGGUCGAACAGAUUUCACUGUUUGGAUGUCUGAGAGGGGAAGUCAGUAAACACGUCUACCAUUCCAGCUUAGAGCCACAGGGACCACGAGGGAGACAUGGAGAUCUUUUGAAAUACUGUAAACAAAGAGAGAUGAUUUAGAGGAAUAAUAGUUUCCUGGCACUAACAAGUAGGUACAGACAGUCGGAUUUUUGAGGAUGACAACGUUGGUGAAUUAGCAUGUCGGGUACAGCUCCUGGAGUUCUUGAGAAAUCAGCAAUGCAAGCAUGACGGUAUAGAAGCCUCAGGUAUGCUAACUCUAUUCUGUCUGCUGGUUGGGCGAUUAUGGUGCUGCUGAAUAUUUAAUAAUGAUAUUUCGUUCUCAGUGAAGAUGGUACAAUAAACAAAUCCUGAACACUGUCCCUCUGCACUGGCUUACAUCAGUCCACACUGAGCCCAGUGUUAAGGAGGAUUUUAUGCUGUACUAAAGUUUUUAGUGUCUCACCAGCUGAACAUAAACAUCAGUAACAAACUAAACUGUCUCUAAAGAUAAAGAUAACACUGGAGAGGACGAGGAGUCGAGGGUUUUACCAACUAUGUCAAUGAGACAACUAUUAACAUUCAUCUGUGCACCUGCUAAACCUGCUAAACCAUGUGACUGUAUUAUAACAGGUAGUAACACCACUAGAUGUCAAUGUUGUACAGAUUAAUUAUAACCUCAUCGUAAUACUUCUGUUCAUUCUGGCUGUAAACUCAACACUCAAUAAAGAGAGGAGCUUUUUUUCAUGACUCUA